GCCAUAUCUCAAGCCCUUGACACAAAUUUAUGCAGACUGUCUAGAAUAAUAUUGACCUAACCUGUGGCAUAUCACUAUAAACCUGAACUAGAAACCAGUGACAGUCUGCUAAGCCUGCGGGAAGCUACAUUAAAUAGAGCAUCUGCCUUAACAGGAGUGGCCAGCCCAGUACAGAACAGAGCAAUGAAGGAGGUGAACCUUCAGCGAAUAAGAGAUCAAGCUCAGGCACUUCAAGGGGAAUUGGUGAACAAAUUGAACUCGGAACUGAAUGAGUUGUUUGACACCUUCAUCACAGAAGUGGAGCAGAUAGAACAGAAUGGUCUGGCAGGCAAUUGGCAGAAGUCCUCCAGUAUGAGCACAUAUGCAAAUCACAAGCAUUUUAAAAAUGAGAAAGAAUGUAAACAGAAGAUUAAAGAAGGCCAUUUGCCAGAUAAAGUUUAUGUCACACGAAGAUCUGUCUUAACGGAGUUAUUGGAAAUCAACCACAUCAGAACAAUCUAUCACAUCUUUGUCGCCAUUCUCAUAGUGUUCAGCCUCAACACUGUAGUUUAUGACAUCAUUGAAAAAGGAAGUGAAACUGGAUCUUACAGCCUGUCAUUGUCUCGUAUUGGCCUUAGUUUUGAUCUCAUAUCCUGGGCGUUUGGGCAGUACCCUAAGGUGAUGGCUCUGUGGGUAGUGAUGCAUCUUACCACGUUGCUGUUGGUCUACCCACUCUUUUAUUUCUGGUCCACAAGAAGAAAGCCAGGCAGAGUCCGUGUGCAGGACUACAUUUGGCUGUCUGCGUUUGUCAUCUAUCAAGUAGCAUUCCUGGUGUUACCUGUGACAUUUGUGUUUGAGAACCACCUACCACCAGCAUCAGCCGUUAUUGUGGUCACGGAGCAGCUUCGCCUGGUGAUGAAGGUCCAUGCUUUCGUACGAGAAAACAUACCAAAGGCACUUCGCUAUAAACACGGCAAAGAUGAAGAUAAUGCUGAAAACAAAGAUGGACCAUGUCCAGAUUUCUCCAAAUAUUUAUAUUUUUUGUUUGCCCCAUGUCUUGUAUAUAGAGAUUCUUAUCCAAGGACAAAAACGAUUCGUUGGAAUUAUGUGGUGUCCAAUUUUGCUCAGGUGCUAGCCUGUCUAUUUUACACGUAUUAUAUUUUUGAGAGAUUUAUUGUUCCGGUGUUUCGGAACUUCAAUGAGGAUCAUGUGACCCCGAAGCGCAUGUUGCUGUCCGUGUUCGGCUGUAUGCUGCCGGGAACACUCUGCCUGUUUAUAGCUUUUUUUGCAAUAUUACACUCCUGGUUGAAUGCAUUUUCUGAAAUGUUGCGUUUUGGAGACAGACUCUUUUAUAAGGAUUGGUGGAAUUCAACCACUUUUGCAAACUAUUACCGAACCUGGAAUGUUGUGGUCCAUGAUUGGCUGUACAGCUACAUCUACAAAGAUUUUUAUUACUUGUUUGGACCACGGUACCGAGCCUUGGCCAUGGGCAUGGUCUUCUUCAUCUCAGCGGUCUUCCACGAGUUCAUCCUGUCCGUGUCCAUGGGCUUCUUUUACCCAGUCCUGUAUGUGAUGUUUGCUGGUGCAGGAUUUGGUUUUAUUUUCCUGACAGACAAAGGUGUUAGUCGCAGUUGGAACGUCUUUCUGUGGGUAGCGCUGUUUAUUGGGGACGGGGUGCUGAUGUGUACAUACAGCAUGGAGUGGUACGCCAGACGCACCUGUCCCGUCGUCAAUGAACCGUUUUGGGAUUUCAUCAUUCCACGUUCAUGGACAUGCGAUUUCACUGCAAUCAAAUCAUAACCUUUACUCCAUUCAGAAAUUCAUAUAUAUGUAAUUAAAAAAGUCACACAUAUAAAACAGUG